AUGAACUUCAAUGUACCUGAAGAAGAGCGGUACAAUUUGGAAAAAUUUCGUUUCCCCAUGAGGGACGAGAGGGAUCACAACAUUCCGGAAUCUUUGAGAAGACUAGGUUUGGAACCUUCAACUACAAGACAUCGUCAACUGGAUAUCAAGAACCUGAGGGAUCAGGUACCAGACGAUGGUUCACUUUUUCAAGAGUUGUCAAGGUACAGAAUGGUUCCCGUUUCAAACCAUCGCCGUCAACGUCACCAUAGCAGAGGUUUACAGAAGACUCUUUCACCACGCAGCAAAGGCGAUGAGAGAAAGAGCGUAUCACCGCUACGGCAUCUGCAACCUCUUCCCGCAGACAGUGAUUAUGUCUACCAUUCACCAAGUGAAACUAUACGUAACUUGAACGAACAGAUGGAAAGGAAUUUUAAUGGCCGUUAUGGAUCAUUGGUAGAAUUUGCAGACAACAACCAACUUGAUGUUGAGGGUAAAAAUUUUGCUAGUUGUGAAGAGCCAAAAAUCGAUUUGGAACAAGGUUUUGAAGAGGCUCUGAGAGCAACUAGAAUCAGUUAG